CGCUCGCGAGCGCCAAUUGCGCUCGCUGAGCUAGCUCUCUAGCUUAGCUCUAGCUCUGUGCAUGUGGCCGUGGCUGUAGCGUCGAUCAACGGUAUGGUAUCGUUUUGCCCGCCAAGACUUCCGGGCGCGGAAUCUAGCUAAGUACGGUCCUUGGCCUGGCGGCCUGCCUAUAGCCCGGGCGUAACACUAACACACUCGACUCGAGAUUAGAUUGUGGAUCAUCACGGCUUUCGUAAACAUUCUUUCGUAAACAUUCUUCGUAAACGGCUUUCGUGAACAAUAUACAGACUUUCAUAAGCGAUGUCUUUAAAAUACCAAAAGGGAAAUGUGCUCAGUUGCACUUUGAAAAAGCCUGUUGAUUUAUAUGCCAAGACUUCGGAUGGUAAAGACAAACUAGGCCCAAGUUUUUGUGCCUGUGGUGUGUCUGUUGUGGAUAUAACCUUUCCCAACUUUGAAUUUGUCGAUAUUGGAGAUAUUACAUUCAAGAAUAACUACACUGGGUUCAUGUCGAUGAAGCUAAGGCGGAAUAAAGAUGAAAACCAAGGUGAGUGUAAAUGGUUAACAUGUAUCAAACCAACCCAGCUGAUGCCUGAUGUACAUUGUGAUAUCUCUUCUCAAGAUUACUUCACAUUUACAAGAGAUCAGAUGCUGGUUUCACCUGACAAGGUUACGGCACUUCGUCUGAUCCUGCAGCAGCCGUCUCCAGUCUGGGCCAGCUUCGGGGUCGACAAUGUGGUAAUCACAGAAUAUAAUGAAGAGAGAGUGACGGUUCCUCCAAUGGUAGAAUGGUUGGAAAAGCAUCAGUAUAAAUUGGCUCAGUCACCUCGACCUGGCUCUAAGAGUUUAUUGCCCGUUGAUGAGAUUGCAGCAGGAGUACAGAGGCUUUGGGCUCUGACAGCUAAGGUACAGGAGCAGCAGACAGAGAGUGCUCUAGGAAGAUUUGAUGUUGAUGGUAGCUAUGAAGUCAAUCUCUUGUCCUAUACCUGAAGCACCCUUCUCACUCAGUAUGACAAUGAUGAUCAAGGGAUAGAUUACUAGAGCCAGGAUGAUGAACAGAAGCAUGGGUGUAAAGCCCACCCAGCAUAAUGAGGUAUAUCAUGAAAACCAUGAUGAUGAUUAUCAGAUGUAGUCUGCAGAAGAUUUCAGAUUGUUUGGUCAGACAAUAGAAGUAUCUGUUUUGUACUUAGUGCAAUGAAGGCAGUGCACUUUGCACUAAUCAGAUGUGAAGAAUUGUUCACCUGUGUGACCAGAUAGCCAUCGCUCCAGGCUGAUUCAUAAAGCUGUUAAAUAAGAUGCCUCAUUUUUUUUUGUAUUUUAAGGUAACAGGAGG